AAAAGCAGGCCAAAACAUGAUGGGGAAACGGCUUAAAUUUAUUUUUAUUUAUUUAUUAGUUUUACCAGUGGGAUUACUCGCUGAAAGUGAGCCCAGUGAACAAGCAAAUGCUGCCGCAAGUGCUAGCACCACUGGAUCGGGAAGUGCGUCAGUACAAGUUUAUGCAGCAGCGUCAACGAGUGCAAAAGCGGCAGGGAGCGGUGGAGGUUCUGCAAGUGCAAACGGCGCCGCCAGCGAAAAUCCAUCAAAUAAGUCUGAACCGACUAAUGGUUCUAAAGACUCCAAUGAUGACUACUAUUAUGAUGACUCAAUAGAACCCUCAUCUUCUGGAGCGCAAGCUGUUGCCUCUGUUCAAUCAUCUGGAAAUGCCCAAUCGUCUGCUUCUGCAACAGCGCAAGUAAAUACAACAACCAAUAGGAGGAAAAGAAAAAGAAAGCCUCAGUCAACUCCUGGAUCCCAGAAUAAUUCAUCAAAUGCACCUAACAGCACUAUAGCCGAAAAAAAUAGUACGAAAUCAAAUAACACAAAGCCCUCUAAUGAACAGAUAAAAAAUGGUACUGCUAUAAAUAAAAAACCAAUAAAUGGAACCACAAUUGAAGAUAAAACACAGGGCCAAACAAAUAAAACAGAAAGUAACAAAACACCGUCUAAACCCAAAAAUGAAUCUAACGCAAUGGAUAAUUCCAAGACAUCAUCAAAACCCAAGCAUAAUAAAGAAUCUAAAGAAAAAAGUACGGAUAAAAAUGACAAAUCUGGAGAGAUUAGCAGUAAAGAAAACCAACAUCCAGAAAGCCCAGAAGAAAGUAAGGAAAAAAAUAAAAGUAAUGGAUCUGAAGGAAAAAUAAAUAAUAAAAAAGGCAAAAAUGAUUCAGGAGAAAUCCCACAGAAACGAAACCAAAAUAAAUCUGGUGAAGGUAAUAAACAACAUAAUGGAAACAGUUCUAAAACACACAGACAUAAAAAAGGACAUAAAAAUAGACAAUCUGACGACUCUUAUGAAGAAACUCGCAAUGAUGAAAUGCCUAAACAUCCUAAAAAACAUCAACGACACAGGAUACCUAAAAAUUCUGCGUCUUCCUCGGAACAAAAUGAAAGUCAACCAUCCAGUGAAGAGGAUAAUAGUGGAAUAAAAGAAAAUAAAAACAAAGAAAAUUCUGCUUCAAAAAUCCAUAGUAGGCAAAAUAGGUCGAGUAGGUCAGUUAAUGAUGAACCAUGCGAAGAAAAAGUUAUAGAUGACUUCCGUAAAUUUGAAAAGGAGGAAAAUAGUCAAAACCCCAAAGAAAACAACGAACCAUGUGAAGAUAAAGUUCUUAACGAGCUAGAAUCAUUAUCAGAUAAAAAGCCCAGCAAGUCUGGAAAAUCGAAGCAGGGAAAAGAUGGAAAGCCAAGCAAAGGCGACUCACCAAGCGGAGAAAGCAGUUCUGAAGAAUUCGAAGGCUCGAACGAAUCAGAUUCACCUAGUAAGCCUGGAAAGCCUGAAAAAUCCAAGCCAGGGAAACAUGAAUCUGGAAAGCCAGGAAAAGGAAACUCACCAAGUGGAGAAAGCAGUUCAGAAGAACCCGAAGGCUCAAAUGAAUCAGGUUCACCUAGUAAGCCUAGCAAGCCUGGAAAAGCCAAGCCGGGAAAACAUGAAUCUGGAAAGCCAGGCAAAGGAAACUCACCAAGUGGAGAAAGCAGUUCUGAAGAACCCGAAGGCUCAAAUGAAUCAGGUUCACCUAAUAAGCCUGAAAAAUCCAAGCCAGGAAAACAUGGAUCUGGAAAGGCAGGCAAAGGAAACUCACCAAGCGGAGAAAGCAGUUCGGAAGAACCCGAAGGCUCAAAUGAAUCAGGUUCACCUAAUAAGCAUGGAAAGCCUGGAAAAUCCAAGCCGGAAAAACAUGGAUCUGGAAAGCCAGGAAAAGAAAACUCACCAAGCGGAGAAAGCAGUUCAGAAGAACCCGAAGGCUCAAAUGAAUCAGGUUCACCCAGUAAGCCUGGCAAGCCUGAAAAAUCCAAGCCAGGAAAACAUGGAUCUGGAAAGGCAGGCAAAGGAAACUCACCAAGCGGAGAAAGCAGUUCGGAAGAACCCGAAGGCUCAAAUGAAUCAGGUUCACCUAAUAAGCCUAGCAAGCCUGGAAAAUCCAAGUCAGGAAAACAUGGAUCUGGAAAGCCAGGAAAAGGAAACUCACCAAGCGGAGAAAGCAGUUCUGAAGAACCCGAAGGCUCAAAUGAAUCAGGUUCACCUAGUAAGCCUGGCAAGCCUGGAAAAUCCAAGCCGAGAAAGCAUGGAUCUGGAAAGCCAGGCAAAGGAAACUCACCAAGUGAAGAAAGCAGUUCUGAAGAACCCGAAGGCUCAAAUGAAUCAGGUUCACCUAGUAAGCCUAGCAAGCCUGGAAAAUCCAAGCCGGGAAAACAUGGAUCUGGAAAGCCAGGCAAAGGAAACUCACCAAGUGAAGAAAGCAGUUCUGAAGAACCCGAAGGCUCAAAUGAAUCAGGUUCACCUAGUAAGCCUGGCAAGCCUGGAAAAUCCAAGCCGGGAAAGCAUGGAUCUGGAAAGCCAGGCAAAGGAAACUCACCAAGCGGAGAAAGCAGUUCUGAAGAACCCGAAGGCUCAAAUGAAUCAGGUUCACCUAGUAAGCCUGGAAAAUCCAAGCCAGGAAAACAUGGAUCUGGAAAACCAGGCAAAGGAAACUCACCAAGCGGAGAAAGCAGUUCUGAAGAACCCGAAGGCUCAAAUGAAUCAGGUUCACCUAGUAAGCCUAGCAAGCCUGGAAAAUCCAAGCUGGGAAAACAUGGAUCUGGAAAGCCAGGCAAAAGAAACUCACCAAGUGGAGAAAGCAGUUCAGAAGAACCAGAAGGCUCAAAUGAAUCAGGUUCACCUAGUAAGCCUGGCAAGCCUGGAAAAUCCAAGCCGGGAAAGCAUGGAUCUGGAAAGCCAGGCAAAGGAAACUCACCAAGUGAAGAAAGCAGUUCUGAAGAACCCGAAGGCUCAAAUGAAUCAGGUUCACCUAGUAAGCCUGGCAAGCCUGGAAAAUCCAAGCCGGGAAAGCAUGGAUCUGGAAAGCCAGGCAAAGGAAACUCACCAAGCGGAGAAAGCAGUUCUGAAGAACCCGAAGGCUCAAAUGAAUCAGGUUCACCUAGUAAGCCUGGAAAAUCCAAGCCAGGAAAACAUGGAUCUGGAAAACCAGGCAAAGGAAACUCACCAAGCGGAGAAAGCAGUUCUGAAGAACCCGAAGGCUCAAAUGAAUCAGGUUCACCUAGUAAGCCUAGCAAGCCUGGAAAAUCCAAGCUGGGAAAACAUGGAUCUGGAAAGCCAGGCAAAAGAAACUCACCAAGUGGAGAAAGCAGUUCUGAAGAACCCGAAGGCUCAAAUGAAUCAGGUUCACCUAGUAAGCCUGGCAAGCCUGGAAAAUCCAAGCCGGGAAAACAUGGAUCUGGAAAGCCAGGAAAAGGAAACUCACCAAGUGGAGAAAGCAGUUCAGAAGAACCCGAAGGCUCAAAUGAAUCAGGUUCACCCAGUAAGCCUGGCAAGCCUGAAAAAUCCAAGCCGGGAAAGCAUGGAUCUGGAAAGCCAGGCAAAGGAAACUCACCAAGUGAAGAAAGCAGUUCUGAAGAACCCGAAGGCUCAAAUGAAUCAGGUUCACCUAGUAAGCCUAGCAAGCCUGGAAAAUCCAAGCCGGGAAAACAUGGAUCUGGAAAGCCAGGAAAAGGAAACUCACCAAGUGGAGAAAGCAGUUCAGAAGAACCCGAAGGCUCAAAUGAAUCAGGUUCACCCAGUAAGCCUGGCAAGCCUGAAAAAUCCAAGCCGGGAAAGCAUGGAUCUGGAAAGCCAGGCAAAGGAAACUCACCAAGUGAAGAAAGCAGUUCUGAAGAACCCGAAGGCUCAAAUGAAUCAGGUUCACCUAGUAAGCCUAGCAAGCCUGGAAAAUCCAAGCCGGGAAAACAUGGAUCUGGAAAGCCAGGAAAAGGAAACUCACCAAGUGGAGAAAGCAGUUCUGAAGAACCCGAAGGCUCAAAUGAAUCAGGUUUACCUAGUAAGCCUGGCAAGCCUGGAAAAUCCAAGCCAGGAAAACAUGGAUCUGGAAAACCAGGCAAAGGAAACUCACCAAGCGAAGUAAACAGUUCUGAAGAACCCGAAGGCUCGAACGAAUCAGGUUCACCUAGUAAGCAUGGAAAGCCUGGAAAAUCCAAGCCCGGAAAACAUGGAUCUGGAAAGCCAGGCAAAGGAAACUCACCAAGUGGAGAAAGCAAUUCUGAAGAACCCGAAGGCUCGAACGAAUCAGGUUCACAUAGUAAGCCUGGCAAGCCGGGUAAAUCCAAGCCGGGAAAACAUGGAUCUGGAAAGUCAGGCAAAGGAAACUCACCGAGCGAAGAAAACAGUUCUGAAUCUAGUGAUUCCUCUACAAGUAGUUCCGAAGAUUCAAAUAGUUCGGAUAUAUCAAGUCCCCGUCACAAAGACAAACCCAGUAAAAAAACACCAGGUAAAAAAGUAGCCUCCAGCAAAGAUAGUUCGUCUUCAUCUUCGUCAUCUAAUGAUGAAUCUAAUGAACCGUCCAUUCCUAACAAAAAUAAUCCCAGCCGAGGUAACAUCGAUUCCGCUGAAAAAUAUUAUAAGAACAUUAAAAAUAUUAUAGAAUUGUACCUUAAAAAUGGGUUGGGAAAUAGCAAAAAUACAAAUAAAGGAGAUGUCGAUAAGCUUAUUAACCUUUAUAUGCUAGCAAUACAAGCAAACCAUAAUAGGGCAACUAAAGAGGAUAUACAAAAUAUCAUACAGUUGUACGUUCAUGGCGUUAAAGCGAGCGGCGGUAAAAUCAAUAUUGCCGAGUUGAACAAUUACCUUAAUAAACUAAAUUUACCCGAAGGAUCUCCGUUGUUAUUAAAUAAAUAUUACAAAUAUAUUUUAGACCUUGAAAAAAGCGGUAAACUGAAAAAACCAAUCACAACAGAAAAACCAAAACGCUCCAAUUCACCAUCACUGCUUAGCAGUAUUAUAGACAUAUUUGAUCACAAUCCACGCCAAUCAAGUAAUAAGGGAUUACCUGUGAAUGUCACAAAGCCUGCGUCAAACCGUACCAGCAUACCUGUACCCAAAUCUGGGAAUAUAAUUAACCAUCCACAGAACAUCCAACAGAUGAUACAAUCGUGUAAUAAAAUUUUAAGUCAACAUCAACCUUCGUCGAUCAAACGUAGAAGAUACAUCCUCAUGCCCCAACUUGAAAUAUCAGGUAAAGAGAAUUCCCGUACGAGGAGAUUGAAUUCUUCAGGAAUGCGUCUUUGCCCUUGCCCCGUUAGUAAUAAUAAGAAAAUAAAAGUAUAG